AUUUGAUCGACCCUUACAAUUUCAAAGAAAGAAAAUAAAAGCCCCUAACUUUGUGUUGUUAGGUCAGGUGUGUGCCCAUUGUGAACCAGUCAACUCAUCAAAUCUCAAAAACUCACACCGUAACCAACCAAUCAACCAUUAUCUUUUCGCAUACUAAAGACAGAUCUCAGAUUUUCACUGCAGAGAAACAAGAUGGCAACAAAAACGACGACCUCGUCUUCUUCAAGCGCCGAGCCAUUGAAGAAGAAAAAGAAAGAGGGUUUAGGUUGGAUAGAAUGGUUUAGAGGAUGGUUCCAUUUGAUCUACGAAUUUCUAUUCCAACGAAUCAUGGCGAGUCACUUGGAAAAUCCUAUGCCAUUACCACCAAUCAAUGAUCUCACUUGUAUUGUUACCGGCUCCACUAGUGGCAUUGGUCUUGAAAUUGCUAGGCAAUUGGCACAAUCAGGGGCACAUGUUGUUAUGGCCGUGAGGAACGCUAAGGUGGCUACUGAGUUAAUCCAGAAGUGGCAGAUUGAAUCUGCUGGAUUGGGUAUUGCACUCAAUGUUGAGGUGAUGGUAGUGGAUCUUCUCUCAUUGGAUUCGGUUGCUAGGUUUGCUGAAGCGUGGAAUGCCCGCGCAAUACCCUUGCAUGUUCUCAUUAAUAAUGCUGGCAUUUUUUCCAUUGGAGAGGCACAAAAGUUUUCAAAAGACGGUUACGAAGAACACAUGCAAGUGAAUCAUCUUGCUCCUGCCAUGCUUUCAAUACUUCUUUUACCAUCUCUUAUUAGGGGCUCUCCUAGUCGAAUUGUGAACUUGAAUUCCAUUAUGCAUCAUAUUGGCUUUGUUGAUGCUGAAGACAUGAAUGCCACAUCAGGAAAAAGAAAAUUUUCUAGUUUGACAGGAUAUUCAAACAGCAAAUUGGCACAGGUUAUGUUCAGCAGUGUUCUUUUUAAGCGACUACCUGCUGAAGCUGGCAUCAGCGUAUUGUGUGUAUCGCCUGGAAUUGUCCAGACCAAUGUUGCAAGGGAUCUUCCAAAAUAUGUUCAAACUGGAUAUCAUUUGAUACCUUACUUCAUCUUUAAUGCUCAAGAAGGUUCUAGGAGUACACUUUUUGCUGCGACUGAUCCUCAAAUUACUGAGUAUUGUGAAUUGUUGAAAUCCGAUGAAUGGCCUGUUUGUGCCUAUAUUUCUCAUGAUUGUCGACCCACAAAUCCGUCAGAAGAAGCACACAAUCUUCAAACAUCAUAUGAAGUAUGGGAAAAGACAUUAGAGAUGACCGGCCUUCCUUCAGAUUCCGUGGAGAGGUUUCUAGAGGGCGGAGAAGUUAAAUGUCGUUACGGACAAGAACAACAAUGACACAACCAAUACACAAGUAUCUCCAAAUGCUCUUUUACUAUUUAUAGCUAGUAAUGAGCAUUUCAUUUAGAAUAUGGAGGAAAGCUCAUAAUUUUUUCGACUAGAUUGAUAUCCCUUGAUCUGCUAGGGGGUGUUUGUAGGGGCUUCCAAACCCAAAAAGUUUGUGUACAUUAGUUUUUUUUGCUCUACAGGAGUAAGAACUAAACUAGCACUAUGUUGUAUCACUAUUUUGACCUUGGUAAUCGGUGAAUGUCAUAAAUUAAGAGGGUUUCAUCUUAUAAUGGUUGUUUUCAA